AUGUCUCAGCCCGUGGGGGAUUUAUGUGACAAAGCUGUUCAACCAGGUUUGGAUGCUAAAGCAACUAAUGACCUUCUGGAAUUGCAGAGUGCCCUAGCAGAAAAAUCAAAUCAAUUAGCUGAUGCAGAAACCAAGCUCCAAGUGCUGACAGAGGAGGUUUCCAAGCUUGGAAGUGAGCUGGAAAUAAGUCAGAAGCUACUUGAUGAAUCUCAGGUAUGCAGAGGUCCUGUUCCUAGGGGUCUGGAAAAUCAUAGAUACUUGAAGCCAACCCUUCCAAUAACAUUUGCUUUAGAUAACAAUCUGCAUGAGGGUAUGACACCUCUAACUGCAGAUCCUCACAGGCCCCCAGAGACGAGGAAGGGUGUAGUAAUCGACGAAAUGCUUCGGGGAGUUGCGAUCUUAUUCCGCAACUCGGGUUGA